GGAAAGGGCAGUCUCUGCUACAUCCCUCUGUGGAAACACGCCCCCUGGUGUCUAGAUCCGCCCAGGAAGCUGUGACAGGCUUUUCUCAGCAGUUAUCCAUCCGAGCCCUGUGUAUGUGUCAUUAUCAGAGCCCGUGCCUGUGCCGUCCUCCGGGCUGAGACACACCAUGCCAGCUAUACAUCCAGCCCUACCGCCUCUGUGAGAGCCUAACCUGCACUGCCUGCUGCACCCCUACCGGCCCCAGCCGGGGACAGCAGCCCCUUGGAUUCACACACUGGAAUAAACACUCAAAACACAGCAAGGUGGUAAUAAAGAGGGUGCAAUUAUCUGCAAGAUACCAGAGACAAGUCAAUAUGGCGAGCGAUUCUCCGGCUCGCAGCCUGGAUGAGAUAGACCUCUCUGCUCUGAGGGACCCUGCAGGAAUUUUUGAACUGGUUGAACUUGUUGGAAAUGGAACGUAUGGGCAGGUUUACAAGGGUCGACAUGUUAAAACGGGUCAGCUGGCUGCCAUUAAGGUCAUGGAUGUCACAGGGGAUGAAGAGGAAGAGAUCAAACAAGAGAUUAACAUGCUUAAAAAAUAUUCACAUCAUAGAAAUAUUGCCACAUAUUAUGGAGCAUUUAUAAAAAAGAAUCCCCCUGGGAUGGAUGAUCAGCUAUGGCUUGUGAUGGAGUUUUGUGGUGCUGGUUCUGUGACGGAUUUGAUCAAGAACACCAAAGGCAAUACGUUAAAAGAGGAAUGGAUUGCUUACAUCUGCAGAGAGAUCUUACGGGGUCUGAGUCACCUACACCAGCAUAAAGUGAUUCAUCGUGAUAUUAAGGGGCAGAAUGUCUUGCUGACGGAGAACGCAGAAGUUAAACUAGUGGACUUUGGUGUUAGCGCACAGCUGGACAGGACGGUCGGUCGAAGAAAUACCUUCAUUGGAACUCCUUACUGGAUGGCUCCGGAAGUCAUUGCAUGUGACGAAAAUCCUGAUGCAACCUAUGACUUUAAGAGUGACCUGUGGUCCUUGGGAAUAACAGCAAUAGAGAUGGCAGAGGGAGCCCCACCUCUCUGUGAUAUGCACCCCAUGAGAGCUUUGUUCCUAAUCCCACGGAAUCCAGCUCCUAGAUUGAAAUCUAAGAAAUGGUCGAAGAAAUUUCAGUCAUUCAUUGAGAGCUGUCUUGUGAAGAACCAUGGCCAAAGACCUUCAACAGAGCAGCUAAUGAAGCAUCCGUUCAUCAGAGACCAGCCAAAUGAAAGACAGGUCCGAAUCCAGCUCAAAGAUCACAUUGACCGAACAAAGAAAAAAAGGGGAGAGAAAGAUGAAACAGAAUAUGAAUAUAGUGGAAGUGAAGAAGAGGAGGAAGAUAACGAUUCAGGGGAGCCUAGCUCAAUUUUAAAUCUACCUGGGGAGUCUACACUAAGACGUGAUUUCUUGAGGCUGCAGUUGGCCAAUAAGGAACGUUCGGAGGCCCUCCGCCGCCAGCAGUUGGAACAACAACAACGUGAAAAUGAGGAACACAAAAGGCAACUUUUGGCUGAGAGGCAAAAAAGGAUUGAAGAACAGAAAGAGCAGAGAAGACGAUUAGAAGAGCAGCAAAGAAGAGAAAAAGAGAUAAGAAAACAACAGGAACGAGAUCAACGGCGACGUUACGAGGAGCAGAUGCGUCGAGAGGAAGAACGGAGGCGUGCAGAACAUGAGAAGGAGUACAUCAGGCGGCAGUUAGAGGAAGAACAGAGACAAUUAGAGAUCUUGCAGCAACAAUUACUGCAGGAGCAAGCCCUACUUCUGGAAUAUAAACGAAAACAGUUAGAAGAACAAAGACAGGCGGAAAGGCUACAAAGACAACUACAGCAAGAGCGAGACUACUUAGUGUCUCUUCAGCAGCAACAACAGCAACAGCAACAACAACAGAGACAACAAGAGCAGCGGGCAUCCGAAAAGAAGCCUCUUUAUCAUUACAAAGAGGGACUAAACCCUGCAGAAAAACCAGCUUGGGCAAAAGAGGUGCAACAACGAUCUCUUAGUAAUUCGCCUGUUCUACCAACUAAGCAGCAACAUACUUCUGUUAUCGAACAGCAGUUGCCCUUGGUAACCAAAGAUGCAUCUCCUAGUUGGCAGCCCUCAAGUAGGCCAAAUUCUCAGAACCUGCAAGCUUCAGGUCGUGCGAAAAUCAACAACUUAGCUCCAUCCAUUAUAUUGCCUACAAUUCAGAUUUCCAAAUCAGGGCCCUGGGCACAAGCAACACAGAGUGAAAUGCAUUCUCUAGCUGAUGAAGUGAGAUACUUACUCCAAGUGAACUCACGAGAGAACGGACCAGGGAGAAAAUCAAUAACAUCCCUUAGGGGGUCCCGCUCACAAGGAUGUAGUCCAGCCAGGGACGCAGCAAUUGACAAGGUAGAGGAACGUACCCGACUCAAUCGUCAGAGUUCUCCCGCCAUGCCGCAUAAAGCCGCUAACAGGAUAUCUGAUCCAAACUUGCCUCCAAGAUCAGAAUCCUUUAGCAUCAGUGGCGUACAGCCUGCACGAACACCUCCCAUGCACAGACAACUGGACCCACAGCAACUUCCUCUCCUGGUGUCUGUGAAAACCCAGGGAUCAUCCAUGUCGGCCUCUCAAUCAUUGCAUGAACAAUCUGCCAAGGGAAUGUCUGGCUUCCAGGAAGGAAUCGUUUCUCAUCGCCCUGAGAUGCCAAGGCAGAACUCUGACCCAACAUCUGAAAAUCCUCCUUUGAUGCCUCGUAUUGAAAAGUUUGAACGUAGUUCAUGGUUACGCCCGGAAGAAGACCUUCCACCAAAGGUGCCUCAAAGGACGACUUCCAUAUCUCCUGCAUUAGCAAGAAAGACCUGUACAGGGAACGGUAACAACUUAGGAAACCGACUUGGUGCUCAGCCUAUUAGAGCAAGCAACCCUGAUCUGAGAAGAACUGAGACGGUUAUAGAGAACCCAAUACAGAGGACAAGCAGCGGAAGUUCUUCUAGUUCCAGCACUCCGAGUUCCCAGCCCAGUUCCCAAGGAGGCUCUCAACCUGGAUCCCAAGCAGGAUCCAGUGAGCGAAACAGAGUGCGAGCAGGAAACAAUAAGCCUGAAGGAUCACCCUUGUUGCCACAUGAAGUAUCUAAUACAAAGCCAGAAGAAAACAGAGAUGCUACACGGCCAAGCCGACCAGCUAGUUAUAAGAAAGCUAUAGAUGAGGAUUUGACUGCAUUGGCCAAAGAGCUGAGAGAACUGCGUAUAGAAGAGACAAAUCGACCAAUCAAAAAAGUGACAGAUUAUUCAUCAUCCAGUGAGGAGUCAGAGACCAGUGAAGAUGAAGAUGGGGAAGCUGAGAACCAGGAUGGAACUGUGUCUGUUAGUGACAUUCCACGACUCAUUCCAACAGUGCCAGGAAACAAUGAGCCAUAUAACGCGGGAACACAAGGCCUUGAAUCCUCCCAGUCAGAAACCUUCCGGAGUGCCUCAAGGGAAGGCACAUUAAUGGUAAGAGAGACAUCUGGAGAUAAGCGCUCAGGCCAUGCAGAAAGUAAUGGUUUUGCCAGCCAUAUUAACCUCCCUGACCUAGUCCAGCAAAGUCACUCCCCGGUGGGUACACCAACUGAGGCAUUGGGGAGAGUUUCAGCGCAUGCACAGGAAAUGGAAACAGGGACUGAAUAUGGCAUGGGAAGUAACACCAACGCAACUUUCACACAAUUUGUUGACACAAGAGUUUACCAGACAUCUCCCACUGAUAAUGACGAUGAGGACGAUGACGAUGAUGAUGACGACGAGGAGACAUCUGCAACAGCCCUGUUUACUAGCGAACUGCUUAGACAAGAACAAGCCAAGCUGAAUGAGGCCAGAAAAAUUUCAGUGGUAAACGUGAACCCUACCAAUAUUCGUCCUCACAGCGAUACUCCAGAGAUCCGGAAAUACAAGAAACGCUUUAAUUCUGAGAUACUUUGUGCAGCACUAUGGGGAGUAAACCUAUUGGUGGGCACAGAGAAUGGACUAAUGUUGUUGGAUCGAAGUGGACAAGGAAAGGUCUACAACCUCAUCAACAGGAGACGCUUUCAACAGAUGGAUGUUUUAGAAGGACUAAAUGUUCUUGUCACCAUUUCUGGGAAAAAGAAUAAGCUUAGAGUGUACUACCUUUCCUGGCUUAGGAAUCGAAUAUUACACAAUGAUCCAGAAGUUGAAAAGAAGCAAGGCUGGAUUACUGUAGGAGACUUGGAAGGGUGUGUACAUUAUAAAGUCGUGAAAUAUGAAAGAAUCAAAUUCUUGGUCAUCGCAUUAAAGAAUGCUGUAGAGAUUUAUGCUUGGGCUCCAAAACCUUACCAUAAGUUCAUGGCAUUCAAGUCCUUUACAGAUCUCCAGCAUAGACCGUUACUCUGUGAUCUUACUGUAGAAGAAGGUCAACGAUUAAAGGUGAUAUUUGGGUCCAGCACUGGUUUCCAUGUCAUCGAUGUUGAUUCCGGGAAUACAUAUGACAUCUACAUACCAUCACACAUUCAAGGCAACAUCACUCCACAUGCCAUUGUAAUUCUGCCAAAAACAGAUGGCAUGGAAAUGCUUGUAUGUUACGAGGAUGAGGGGGUGUAUGUUAACACCUAUGGCCGGAUAACUAAGGAUGUUGUGCUACAGUGGGGUGAAAUGCCAACUUCAGUAGCGUAUAUACAUUCCAAUCAAAUAAUGGGAUGGGGAGAGAAAGCUAUUGAAAUACGUUCUGUAGAAACUGGCCAUUUGGACGGGGUAUUCAUGCACAAGAGAGCCCAAAGGUUAAAAUUUCUAUGUGAACGAAAUGAUAAGGUCUUCUUUGCGUCUGUACGAUCAGGAGGCAGUAGCCAAGUCUUUUUUAUGACUCUGAAUAGAAACUCAAUGAUGAACUGGUAACAGAACUAUCCAAGGACUUUAAUCACAAUGGCAUUAUUUCUAAACUACUUGUGGUUUUGUAAACGUGCACAGCCUUACAGAACAAUCUGGUAACGCCAACAACACUGACUGUGGGGGAUGUGUGCUUCACUGAGCCACACAGAAGGCCUGGUAAACAUUUCCGAAAACGUGUCAUGACUGACCUGGAGCAAGACUUUGCACUUCCAAACUGGGAAUAUCGUGAAACUGAGGCCUCAAGACUAAAUUGUGUCCAAGUGGCUUGUUCAUUUUACAUUUUCAUUGUGUCUUAUUUUGUAAGAAUGGUGUAAAGAAAAAAAAAAAAAGAAAAAAAUUGGAAAUUGAGCCAGCUGUUGAUUUCUGCCUGCCUGCUCUAAGCGUUCUAUAUAAAUAUACAUAUGUUGUAAAGUUACCAAAUGAAAGAAGACAGCACAAUAAUGUACCUUUUCUGUUUUGCCGAAGACUAGGGCUGUAUAGCUGGGUAAUUUUAAAAUCUUCUUGCCUUCACAAUCUGAAUGUUGCUUUUUGACAGCAACAGCCUAGUGAAUUUUUAAUGGAAAUUAAGUGUUUCCUCCUGUUUUGGGAAACGUGAUUUAAAUGGCUAAGGUUCUAGCCGUAGUCUAAAGAAAUUGCAUGCCAUAUGAAAGUCUGCAGAUCCAUGUGUUUUAUUAAUACACACAGAAAGGUAUGUGUUGUUAUCAUGUGGACUGCGACACCAUUUGUGAAAUGAACAUAGCUGUAAUUCUCAGAGUAGAUUUUUUCCUUUUGUAUAUUAUGCAACAGGUUAGGGCAAAAACAAAAAGGGGAUGCAAAAGAGGCAAGUUUGAGGUGAUAACCAGCCUCAGAUCUCUUCUGAACACUUUUUGUUUGUUGUGUGUACAGCUAUUCAGAGAACUAGCUGAUAUGGCAAUAAUGGGACUUAUGCCAACUUUGUGACAGUGACACUUUGUAGUUACAUUCAUCAGAAUCACAAGCAAGAACCGAGAACAUCUGUUCAACCAAUGGACAGUAAAACAAAGCCACCGCCCUAGGUUUACCAAUGUUAAGUUUUAUUAAUGUAAAGAUGAAUUGAUUCUCUGCCCGUCCCAAGAAUUACCCGACGUACAGUAAAAGACAUGUGUGCAAAAAAAAAAGAUACAAAAAAAAUAAAAAAAACACAAAAAAAAUAAAAAUACAAAAACAAACAAAAAAAAAGUGUGUACGUAGUUCAGGUGAUAAUGAGUCCUUCAACACAAAUGCUCUAAUAAUUUAAUGAUAAAAUUAGUGUAUCAGAGGUUUAUUUCAUUAGCUGCAAGCAUGGCUGGUCGUUGUAAUAGAGUGUUACAUCCAGAAAACUGUGUUGCGCUUAUUUAAUCAUUUUUAUGAUUAUUAUUAUUACUAUUAUUUUGAACCUACCUCGUUUUGUCUCUUGUAUGGAUGUCUUUUAUUCUUGUUUGAGAUGCUCAUUGCAGCAUUAUUAUUACCUUUAACUACUGCAGAGCUGUGUUGGCAUGUGUUAGAUAGCGUUCCUUUUAAGCAUGUUUUGUAAACUGUCCAGCACUGAAGCAGAAAGGAAUCCUUAUUAGACAAUCCUUGACGCUUGUCUUUCCUUUAAUUGUUGCUGAACAUUUGCUUAAUACAUGCUCGGAGGGAACGCUGCUGUUGGUAACAUUGCUUAUUUUUUUUCUUUCUUGCAAACCUACAGAAAAAAACAAUUGAAUGUCUUUUUGUCGAAGAAGGAUGCAAACGCAUUGCCUGGGAUUGAGAUACUCACCCUUUGAAUAUGAAAGCGUGCUGUGUCAGCAAAGUUCAGAAACCUGUUUACAUUUCAUUUCAACAGUUAAAACAGACCUGCCUUUAUUGUGAUUAUUUAACAAUGUCAGUGCAGCAGUUAAUAGACUUACAAAGGCAACACGCUCUGUCUUUACCAGUUUGGUUGUCAUCUGUUUUUUUUUUGUUUUUUUUUAGUUGCUGUGAUUUGAAAUUUACCCUGGGUGCUUCUUAACAUUCUGUUGCUAACUAAUGAACCUUUUUUUUGAAAGUUUAAAACAAAAAAAAUAAAAAAUAAACAUUCAGAAUACACUGUUUCAAAACUUUUA